CAUUUUUGUGGUUUUGGUCCUUUUGGAUUUCCCAGCGUGAUUACAUAUUUCCGUGAUUUUGUAGUAGGCUGAACGUUUUGGUUUAUUUUCUCAUUUUUCUGAUAAGGUAAUUAAUUUUUAUCUGGGCCUUGUUAGCUGUUAUCCGCAGCACGUGGCGAGAGCAGUGGAUGGUGAUUUCCGUGUCAGUGAAAUUCGUGUUGCAGCGUGCAUGAUCAUCUGAUUCCCUUCGUCAUCGUUGUGUGUGUGUUUCUGUGAAUGGGAAGUAUUCGUGAUUACGGCACGGGAAGUGGUGUAUCCUCAAGCGCAGCCUUCAGAAUGGAUUUCUCACGGCUUUCCCAGACGGUGGGCUCCAACAUCCAGAAGAUGUCGUCGCAAGUGAGCGACGUGGAGCGGAUGGUGCGCCAGAUUGGCACCGCCAGCGACUCCACCGAUAUGCGCGAACGACUGCACAACCAGACCCACCUGAUCCACAAUAUCGCCCAGGACACCGGGGAUAAACUGAAGGAGAUGAGUAAUCUGCCGCCGGCCAUGGGGCAGAGUGAGCAGCGCCAGCAGAAGCUGAUCAAGGAGAAGCUCGUGCAGCAGUUCACCGACGCCCUCAACCGCUUCCAGACCGCCCAGCGGCAGGCCGCCGAGAAGGAGCGCCAGAGCUUCGUGCGUGCCCGCGCCCACUCCAACAACGCCGCAUCACAAUGGCAUCCGUUUGAAGAUGACUCGCAGCGUGGAUACGGCCAGCAGUCGGCAGUGCCGCAGUCGCAGACGACGGUGCAGGUGGAGCAGGAAGUGGAUCUGCAGGGACUGCGGGAGCGCGAGGAUGCCAUUCGGAAACUGGAGGCCGAUAUUUCCGAUGUCAAUCAGAUUUUCAAGGAUUUGGCCAUCAUGGUGCAUGAGCAGGGAGAAAUUAUCGAUAAUAUUGAAGCCCAUGUGGACAGCGCCACCGUCAAUGUGCAGCAUGCCACGCAGGAGCUCAAUACGGCCCGCAAAUAUCAGAGCAAAGCACGCAAAAAGAUGAUCUGCAUUAUCGGCCUCGGCGUCGUCGUGGCUGUUAUUAUCGCUCUGAUUAUCUACUUUUCCAUACCUAAGAAAUGAUGGCCAGAUUUUCAGUGCGGUUGUGACCAAUGUUGCUGAUUUUUGUCGGUUUAUUUUCUUCCCUUUUUGCACCCUUUCCCGUUGGCUGGUCCGUUUUGAUGAUGCACAGGAUAAAGUUCUGGCGAUUCCCUCUUUUUAUCAUGGUUUAUUUAUUUGUUCUCUUUUUAUUCGUCUGGAUGAAAGCAUGACGAGCCAGAUUUCUCCCGUAUUGCGCGAUGCAUUCUGAUUUUUUUAAUGAGAAUUAUUUUCGUCUUUGUUUUAAUCGUACGUUUUUCCGGUCGGAUUUUGUGAUCUUUCUUGAUAUGACAGUUUGAACGCGAAUAAAUUCUCUAGAAUA